AUGGCAUCAAUUCGACCUCUACAAGAUUUCAGCGAAGCACUGCUCGAUAAAUAUGCAGAGGAACGGGACAAACGCCUGAAACACUCUGGUCAGAAGCAAUAUGUCAAUUUCCGAUCGCAAGGUCUCCAAGAUCUUGACAAGGACCCUUGGGUGGAUUAUAGUGAUCCGCGAGUCAACGACCCUCCUCUGAAAGACGGUACCAACAUCAAAUACCUCAUCACUGGUGCUGGUAUCAACGGUGUUGUCUUUGGGGGACGCCUCAUCGAGGCUGGUAUCAGCAGCAAGGAUGUCGUAUGUGUUGACGUUGCUGGAGGAUUUGGCGGCACGUGGUACUACAAUCGAUACCCUGGAGUCAUGUGCGAUGUCGAAGGCUAUUGCUACAUUCCUUUCCUUGAAGAAACAGGUUACCAACCUCGCCACAAAUACUCGUACGGCCAUGAGAUCAGACGCCAGAUUGAGCGAAGCGCCGACCACUUUGGGAUUCGGGGGCAGUUCUGCACCAGCAUCGAUUCGCAGAUCUGGGACGAGGGAAAGAAACUCUGGGUCGUCACCAUGACACGUACCGUGGGGGACCCAUCGACGUCAACGACAUUCACUGUAUACGCCGAGUAUAUCAUGAUGUCCAGUGCUCCUUUCAUACUACCAAAGAUGCCUGACCUUCUGGGAUUCGAAGACCUUCACCGAAAGAAACACGUGUUUCAUUCCGCCCGCUGGGACUAUGAGUAUACCGGCGGGACUCAAGAGAAACCUGAUCUAGAAAAGCUCCGAGGAAAGCGUGUCGCGAUUAUUGGUACUGGGGCAACUGCUAUCCAGAUUGUACCUGAGCUGGCAAAGUGGGCUGACCAGGUAUAUGUUGUGCAAAGGACAGCGACGCAUGUAGGGCCCCGCAACCAAGCGGAGACUGAUCCAGAGUAUUGGGCCAAGAUGACGAGCGAGAAAGGAUGGCAGAAGAAACGGAGGUUGGCAUUCGAUGCGUACGUCAGUAACAGCAAGGGAUAUGGCCCUGAUCUGGUAAAUGAUGGCUGGACGGCGACUCCGGCUGGAUCUGGCUUUCUGGGUUCCAAGUCAAAGCUUGUCGCUCCCAAUGAGGUCGAAGAGCAUAUCAAGGACCUUUAUACGCUAGAUCUUGCGCGCACUGAGUCCCUGCGAAAACACGUCGACAAGAUUGUCAAAGACAAACAUACUGCUGAAAAGUUGAAAGCAUGGUAUGGAAGCUGGUGCAAGCGGCCUUCCUUCCAUGAUGAAUAUCUUCAGACUUUCAACAAGCCUAACGUUACGUUGAUCGACACGGACGGCAAAGGUCUCGAUCGAUACACCGAAAACGGUUUUCAAUACAACGGCAUCGACUACGAGAUCGAUGCUCUUAUUCUCGCUACCGGAUUUACGGUUGAUCCAGACAUGGACCCCUCCGAGAAGAGUCGUAUUAUUAUCAAAGGACGCGAAGGGCUCACAAUGAAGGAGUAUUGCCAUUCUCCCGAUGCUGGAACAUUCUUGGGCGUCACGAUGCCUGGUUUUCCCAAUCUCUUCGGCUUCUUCCAUGGUUCGUCGGCUUCGUGGAACCAUACGUCGAGCAUGGAUAACGAGGCUACACUCGUUGCAAAGAUCGUGACCAAAGCACAAAAGCAGAUUGGUCAAGGCCAAAGAUUCGUUAUCGAAGCUUCGAAGGAGGCGGAACACGAGUAUGGUCUCGAAGUCGCGAAGAGAGCGACCUGGUUCGCCGCCAUGUCUUCAUGCACGCCCGGCUACUUCAAUGGCGAAGGUAUGGCAACCCUCAAAAGCAGAGAACCGAAAACCCAGGAGCAGCGUCUCCAGCAAGGGAAGAAGGCACCGUGGGGUGGUGGGCCGGUGGAUUAUAGAGAGAUGGCUGAGGAUUAUGCUACCAACAAAAAUCUUCAAGGUUUUACUAUUGAGGUAGUUUCGGCGCAGGCAUAA